UUCACUUGCCUGCCAUUGUUAUUCUUGUGAAAACGUAAACAGGCAAAAAAUAUCUGUUUUUCAAAUUACUGAAUGAAAAAUAUUAUAAUAGUGUUAAUUUAUUAAUGUUUAGAAUAAAUAAAUAAGCAGUUAAUUGAUUAUCAUCGUGUAAAACUAGUUUUUUACAUGAACAUGUAUCUGUAAAAGUGUUUAUAGUUUAGUCUAUUUAAUCCGUAGUUUAUUUAGAUAUCUACAAUAAAACUUCUAUGAUUUUAAUAUGGGAGACGUCAGAAUAUGUCGUAUUUGCUUAAACACAGAUGUAGAGAUGCAGGAUUUAUUGUCCUACCCUUUAGAAACAUAUUUUGCAUCAAUGAUGAUUGAAAGUAAGCCCCUCUACCCCAACUUGCCACCAUAUGCUUGCUAUCAAUGUGCUGCUCUUGUGAAGAAGUUCCACUUAUUCAGACAGAAAUGUUUACAAAGUCAAGUUCUGUUAUGUGGAAUAAUUGAUGAUUGUGGAAAGGUGACGCCAACCCUAAUAAAAUCAAUAGACAAGCAAAACCUCCUUACUAUUUCAAAUGUGACACAGAUAAGUAUAGAACAAGACACCACAGAUUGCAUAGACAUAGACCGGCCAGUAUUUGUCACAGAGGUCAUUAAAAAGGAGUAUCACGAUGAUGAUUUAGAUGUCCCAGAUCAUUGCAGCCCGUGUAAUGGCUCCAGUGACGAUGAAAGCAAGAAUAGUGAGAAACUUCAGGAUUUGGAGAAGGUGGAAAUCCAGGUGAAAAUGGAUGAAGAUGAAGAUGAGUCUGAGCUUCCAGAAACAAUAGUAGAUGUGCCAAAAAUACCUGUAAGAAAACCACGGCUGGGUCCAUCCAAGAAGGAAGGGAGAUCAAAGAGAGUGACCACUAAAGCAAAGAAAAGAAUGAACAAGAUAAAGGAUGCUGUGCCAACUGAAGACAAUACUGAUAUGGAUGAUAUUACCGUUGUUACUUUAUCAUUAGAGGAGCAGCUAGAAGAGAUGAACAAGCGCAAGCAGUCGUCGAACUACCUGGACUGUCCGUACCAGUGCAACCUCUGCUACAAAGGGUUCAACAACACACACACGUGGAAACAUCAUCUAACUAAACAUUCGCCGACCGCAGGAGACAUAGAAUGCACAAUAUGCAAGUACAGGUUCAAAACGAAGCGCAACCUGCAGCGACACGCACUCAACCACGGGAAGAAAUUCGUCUGCAAGCUAUGUCCGUACAACUCUAGUAAUAUAACCACAGUGAGGCAGCAUCAAGGUUCACACAAGGGAAUCACAUAUAAAUGCAAAUAUUGUGACGAGGUUUUCACAGUGAGAACAACGUAUGUAAGCCACAUGCGAGUAAAGCAUCCGUCAGAGAACAUAUGUGGGUACUGCGGGUACUCCUUCUACAGUAAACGAGGACUUGUUGUACAUAAGAAUAUGGUACAUAAGGACUAUGAGAUAAAACCAGAAGAGAAUACAGAAGACGGUCCAUACUGCGCGGAGUGCGACGUGAAGUUCGUGUCGAGCGUAGCGUACAAGCGGCACAUGGUCAUGUCGGUCAAACACACGCAGAGCACGGACUCUAUUAACGGUUGUCGUGUAUGUGGAGCCACGUUCUCGGACCCUGAGGAGUUGAGGGUCCACCAUCGCAAGGAACACCCCAAGAGACAACCCGUACAUUAUCGGCUAAAGGGCGCUAAGACAAAAUGGCCGGCACGAUGUGAACAUUGUCCUGAAGAGAUAGAGAGUGCCCGCGCGUACUGGAAGCACUUCCGACUGAAGCAUCCCAACGAGAACUACCCCGUGCAGAAGAAAUGUGUCUGUGAUAUUUGCGGGAAGAGGUUUACGUGCAACGCCCUGCUAGUAAUGCACAAGCGCACCCACUUCGGCGAGCGUCCGUACAAGUGUCCCCAGCCGCACUGCGACAAGGCUUGCUUCACUGCCUUCGACCUCCGCGUGCACCAGCAGAAACAUUCAGACUCGCGACCCUUCCCUUGCAAUGUAUGCUCCAAGGCUUUUAAGAGAAAAGAGGCGCUUGAACGACAUGUAAAGAUCCACUCAGGAGACAACCCGUACAAGUGCGAGAUAUGUGGCGUGGCGUUCAGUAAGUCGUGCACACGGACUCUCCACGUCCGCACCGUGCACACCAAGGAACCCGCACCCACACGGAGAAGGCGGCUUAAGGACAACAAAUCAUAAUAGCUUAGCAUCAUCAGUUAAAAAAUGUCGUCAGAGGCCCUGGUAAUCAUUGAACAAUCUAUCUGUUGAAGAGACAGACCUUUUGACCGCCAGAGACAGGCUAAAAAGUACCCAGGACCCACACAGUCACAACUGCAAAUUUAUUAAUUUAUUUAAUGGAAAUAACAUACUAUUAAAUAACAUACUUUUAAAUAAACCUUUAUUUUCCAAUUUCCUUCACUAAAUUUCUUUUCUUGACUCAUUUUUAUUUAUUUUUAGUAGACUUAUUUCUAUGUAAACUCAUAAAAUCUUUAAAAAAUACUAUGUAGAGAAAAAAAUCAUAGUUUGGUGAUGGUGCGUUUGCUGUUUUGACAUGGCGGUCAAACGGUUAAUGAAUGUAAAAAAAUUGUAUUGAAAAUCGAUUCGAAUCGACCCAAAAUUAAGAGUAAAUAAAGCUUAUUAUUGCAUUUAUAUAUUUAAUUAACAACAAACAAAUAAAUAAUAUU